AUGGUUACGGUGGGGAACAGCACUGACUGUACCAAGAACUCUGGUUGCCUGGCCAAGGAUGGGAAUGAGAGCGGGAAUAAUCAGUCAUCCCCUGACAGCCUUGGAACAUAUCCUACCUGGAUUGUAACUCAGGUGGUCAGUACCAGUGCUACUGGAAUUCUCAAAACCACCAGCCUGGAUCAUGGUCAGGAUGGAAAUUUAUUGAUGCCUAAAGUCAAUCUUCUCGUGAGCCUGCAAGCAGCGGUCCCAAACUACUCUGAGUGCCUUGAAUCGGGUGCAAAUGUACACAAUCCUUUUUUACAGUCUGACAUCAUCUUCUCUGAUGCUUUGAGCGCCUGUCUUGAUGAUUGCCUGCAACAAUAUAUAAAGAACUUUGAGAGAGAGAAGAUUAGUGGUGACCAGCUACUACGCAUUACUCAUCAAGAACUGGAGGAUCUCGGAGUCACACGAAUUGGCCAUCAGGAGCUGAUCUUGGAAGCAGUAGACUUACUCUGUGCAUUGAACUAUGGUUUGGAAACAGAAAAUCUAAAAACCCUUUCUCACAAACUGAAUGCAUCUGCUAAAAAUCUGCAGAACUUCAUCACUGGGAGGAGGAGGAGUGGUCACUAUGACGGAAGGACCAGCCGCAAGUUACCGAAUGAUUUUCUGACAUCGGUAGUGGAUCUCAUUGGAGCAGCUAAAAGUCUGCUGGCUUGGUUGGACAGAUCACCUUUUGCUGCUGUUACAGAUUACUCAGUAACAAGAAAUAAUGUCAUACAGCUCUGUCUGGAACUAACAACAAUAGUACAACAGGAUUGCACAGUGUAUGAAACAGAGAAUAAAAUUCUUCAUGUGUGUAAAACUCUCUCUGGCGUCUGUGAUCACAUUAUCUCCCUUUCUUCUGAUCCACUGGUUUCCCAGUCUGCUCACCUUGAAGUGAUCCAGCUUACAAACAUCAAGCCAAGUGAAGGGCUGGGUAUGUACAUUAAAUCAACAUAUGAUGGUCUCCAUGUAAUUACUGGAACAACAGAAAAUUCACCUGCAGAUCGGUGCAAGAAAAUCCAUGCUGGGGAUGAAGUGAUUCAAGUUAACCACCAAACUGUGGUGGGGUGGCAGUUGAAAAAUUUGGUGAAUGCACUACGAGAGGAUCCGAGUGGUGUUAUCUUAACUUUGAAAAAGCGACCUCAGAGCAUGCUAACCUCAGCACCAGCUUUACUGAAAAAUAUGAGAUGGAAGCCCCUUGCUCUGCAGCCUCUCAUUCCUAGAAGUCCUACAAGCAGUGUUGCUACGCCGUCCAGCACUAUCAGCACACCUACAAAAAGAGACAGCUCUGCCCUUCAGGAUCUCUACAUCCCCCCUCCUCCAACAGAACCUUAUGUUCCAAGGGAUGAAAAGGGAAAUCUUCCGUGUGAUGAUGUUGGCAGACAUAUAGUGGGCAAGCCAGUUCAUACAGGAUCCGAAUCUCCAAACUCAUUUCUUGACCAGGAAUAUCGAAAACGCUUUAAUGUGGUUGAAGAAGAUGCAGUUUUGUAUUGCUACGAAUAUGAGAAAGGAAGAACAAGUGGUCCUGGAAGGAGAGAGAGCACACCAACGUAUGGGAAACUAAGACCUAUUUCUAUGCCAGUAGAGUAUAACUGGGUGGGGGAUUAUGAAGACCCCAAUAAAAUAAAAAGAGAUAGUAGGAGAGAAAAUUCAUUGCUUCGCUAUAUGAGCAAUGAGAAAAUAGGUCAAGAAGACUACAUGUUUCAAAGGAAUAGCAAAAAGGAUACUGGGAAAAAGUCCAAAAAGAAGGGAGACAAGAGCGGUAGUCCAAGUCAUUACUCGCUGUUGCCUAGUUUACAAAUGGACUCAUUGAGGCAGGAAGUCAUGGGCACACCUGGACCAGAAACUGCUUUGUACCACACAUUUCAGCAGUCUUCUCUACAGCAGAAAAGUAAAAAGAAGAACAAAGCUCCCGUUCCUGGUAAAAGCAAAAGACGGAUCUCAUGUAAGGAUCUCGGUCGAGGGGACUGUGAAGGCUGGCUUUGGAAAAAGAAAGAUGCCAAGAGUUAUUUCUCUCAGAAGUGGAAAAAAUACUGGUUUGUCCUGAAGGAUACAUCUCUAUAUUGGUAUAUCAAUGAAGAGGAUGAAAAGGCAGAAGGAUUCAUCAGUCUACCUGAAUUUAAAAUUGACAGAGCCAGUGAAUGCCGCAAGAAAUAUGCGUUCAAAGCCUGCCAUCCUAAGAUCAAAAGUUUUUAUUUUGCUGCUGAACAUCUAGAUGAUAUGAACAGAUGGCUAAACAGAAUUAACAUGCUUGCUGCUGGCUAUGCAGAAAGAGAGAGGAUCAAACAAGACCAAGAUUACUGGAGUGAGAGUGAUAAGGAGGAGGCCGACACUCCAUCCACGCCCAAACAAGACAGCCCGCCACCCCCGUACGACACCUACCCACGGCCUCCUUCGAUGAGCUGCACGAGCCCGUACGUGGAGCCCAAGCACAGCCGUCUCUCAUCCACCGAGACCUCCCAGUCCUACCUGCAGACACUGCCGCUGGAGGACUCCGUGUUCUCCGAGGCGGCCGUGGUCUCACCCGAGCACCGGCGGCAGUCGACCUUGCCCACCCAGAAGUGCCACCUGCAAGACCACUACGGCCCCUUCCCCCUCGUGGAGGGUGAGCGGAUGCAGGCGCUGAAUGGGAAUGGGGGAAAGCCCCGAAGUUUCACUCUGCCUCGGGACAGCGGCUUCAACCACUGCUGCCAGAGCCUGUCAGUCGGUGCUGCUGAUCACCACGAGGAAGCGCAGCAGAAGGAGGUGGAGGAGGAGGAGGAAGAGGAGGAGGAAGAGGAAGGCAAAGCAGCAGCAGAAGACCAGGAAGAUAAAAAGGAAAAAACAUCUGACUCCUUGCAAGAUUUGUGCAGAGCCUUGGAGCAGGCCAGCCUGUCUCCUUUAGGAGAACAUCGGAUUUCCACUAAGCUGGAGUACAAGAAAUCUUUUAUAAAGAGAUGUAGCGAUCCAGUAGUCAAUGAAAAACUGCACCAGCUGCGAAUUCUGAAAAGCACUUUAAAGGCCAGGGAAGGAGAAGUAGCCAUUAUAGAUAAAGUUCUGGAUAAUCCAGCUUUGACGUCUAGAGACUUUCAAGACUGGAAACAAAUGUACCUUGAUCUCUUCAUGGACAUCUAUCCAAGCAGCACCCCGAGGGACUCCGUUAAUGGCUCGUCUGAGGUUGAUGCACUGAUAGCCUCCUUAGCCCACACUCACUCUUACAUUGAAACGCAUGUAUAG